UCUGCUGCUCCUCCUCCUGUCCGUCCGUCCGCCCGCCCGCCCGCCCGUCCCGAAGCGUUUCGCCGCCUCCUCCACCGGACCACCGCCUCGAAGGCGAGCAGCCGCCCCCUUCCUCCUCCCGGAUUCUUGUCUGCCAUGGGUGACUACACAAUCCGGAUAAGCACCAGCUUGAUCGAGCAGCUCGCGCGCGAUGACGAGAAGCAGGUGAAGAGGAGGACCAGGAAACCCAAGCCUAGGAAGGUCGUGGAGCAACCAGAGGAGCCUCAGGACAAUGGCAGGGAACUUCCAACUGAACCCAAGAGCAGCCCUGCCCCUGCCCCUGGGUGGUCGCUGCCGCCUCCCAUGUACCUGCCAGUGACCCCUGCUCCUCCACAACCGUCUCCUGCAAUCCAGGAGGUGGAAGCCAUACGCACGGUGGUGGCGGAGAGCGAGGUGCUGGAGAAGCUGCAGAAGAAGGAGGCGACGAUGCGCGAGGAGCUCACCAAGAGGGCCAAGGAGCUGCAUGACAAGGAGUUCAAGCUGCCCUACCAGAACCCCGCGCCGUGCACCGACGAGAGGGCGGGUUGCGCCGAGUGCUACAGGAGCAAUGUGCAGGACCCGCUCAAGUGCGCCGAGGCGGUCAAGAGGUUCGAGGCUUGCGUUCGCAUGGCGAGGCGGGGCGGUGCCACCAUGGGAGCUGCUCAGUAGUAGCUGAGUGAGCGAGGUGUCGUACACACGAUUUUGCUUCUGUCGGGAUUGAUUGAUCGAAUAACCUGAAUGGAUUUUUGGUGAGACCUGAAACACCAUCAGUUGUAGAUUAAUUCUGGUAACGGGUGGCUACUGGUGUUGGCAAGAAGAGGCCAUGAGUGUCCUUGAAUUUGGGGCGUGGCUCCAUGCUACUUGCAUACUACAAAAUGAAACAUGAAUUUGCAGGGUUCAAAAUUAAUGUUUACUA